CUGCCUCGAAGACUCGGCGCUCGACAGGCGUCUACUAGCCUGUCUUCCGGUUUCGUCGCCGCCGCAGGCGCUCCUGCUGAGUUCCGAGCGACCGAUGGAGAUGGCGGCCGCGGCUGUGUGAGGGACGGUGGAGGCCCGGGCCCGAGGACGGGACAGGCCUGCGUGUUCGCAGGAGCCCGGCCGGGUACAGAGGGUCAGGCCUAGUCUGGGGGACGGGGACAUCACUCCUCCAGAACGGAGAUGGGCGGGUCCUGUGGGUGUGGACCGCGUGUGGUUGUGGUGGGUGUGACGUGAGAGGUGGGAGAUGCGGCUUUCAGGCCGUGCGUUUCGCUUGUGUGUGCUUGUGAUGAUUGGGCUCUGUGCGGUUACGCGGGGCGUAUACACUUGGGUUUGGUUGUGCAGCUGUGGGGGGAGUGGGUGGGUGCUUGUCUCCCGAGCGGUUGUGUUUGAUUCUCUGGUUGUGUAAAGCUGAAGCGUUUGUGUUCUGAGUUCGUGUAGAGAUGUUUGGAGUGUUUUGUGUGGUGUCUGUACGAUGUGUGACGUUGUCGUGUCUGCUCCACGGGGUUGAGUCGUUCGUGUUGUGUGUGGUCAUGCGACAUGUGUAUAAUCGUGUUAGUUACGUGGGUUGUGGUUGUGUGCGGUCGUGAGGGCGGGUUGAGUGCGGCUGUGGGAUAUGUCGUCGAUGCGGCAUGUGUCGGGGUGACAUUAAUGCUGGAUGUACGGUUGCAGAACAUGCAGUUUUUUUUUGUUUGUUUUUGAUUUUUUACGUGAUUUAAGAGUGCGAGGGGCUUGCGUAUGUGUUCAGUUACGGUUGUGGGGUCCGAUUCGGUGGUUUCUUUAUGGUAUAUGCUUAGUUAUAUGAUUUUGGAGUUCAUUCAUUUGUUUGUUCUUUAAUGGAGCUUUAUUGUGCUUCUUCAUUGUGUGUGCCAGGUACUGUGCUAAACCUUGGGGAGACGGCGAAGGGGAAAACAUAUAGAGUUUGUGCCCUCCCAGAUUUUUCAGUCUUACUUGGUCACUUCACUUAUGUACCUGCGGUUAUAAAUUGAGAUGAGUGCUGUGAAGGAGAAGUCCAUUCUGAUGCUCUGAGUACGAGGCAUUUCUUUGAGGAAAUAUCAAGAACUUAAUAUAUGUGGUUGAAUAAACAAUCAAGGUAAACAGCAUCAAGUAAAAACUUCUGCUUGUUGAUAAGUACUUCAGACAUUCCCCCAGUGGCUAAAGUGGCAUAUGAAUUACGAAGGCUCCUCCUACUCCAGAGAGGAAACCUCAUCCAGGGCCAUGAAGCUACUUCCUCACCGUCUGUGUGCUGCUUAAGCUAAUGCUGCGGAAACCAUGGUUCCUUGGGAGGAAUCAAUCUGACUCUUGGCAUGAGAUCCCUGCCUUCCUAGGGUUGAGAGCAGCACCGCCAUGGCUUCUCUGGAUGACCCAGGGGAAGUGAGGGAGGGCUUCCUCUGCCCUCUGUGCCUGAAGGAUCUGCAGUCUUUCUAUCAGCUUCACUCACAUUACGAGGAAGAACACUCGGGCGAAGACCGUGAUGUCAAAGGGCAAAUUAAAAGUCUUGUCCAGAAGGCUAAGAAAGCAAAGGACAGGUUGUUGAAACGAGAAGGGGAUGAUCGAGCAGAAUCAGGGACCCAAGGAUAUGAGUCUUUCAGCUAUGGAGGGGUUGAUCCUUACAUGUGGGAACCCCAGGAGCUUGGUGCUGUGAGAAGCCAUCUUUCCGACUUCAAAAAACACCGAGCUGCUAGAAUUGACCACUAUGUUGUGGAAGUCAAUAAAUUAAUAAUCAGGUUAGAGAAGCUCACUGCGUUUGACAGAACAAAUACUGAAUCUGCAAAGAUUCGAGCAAUAGAAAAGUCUGUGGUGCCUUGGGUCAACGACCAGGAUGUCCCUUUCUGUCCAGACUGUGGGAAUAAGUUCAGCAUCCGGAACCGCCGCCACCACUGCCGCCUCUGCGGGUCUAUUAUGUGCAAGAAGUGUAUGGAGCUCAUCAGCCUUCCCUUGGCAAACAAGCUCACCAGUGCCAGCAAGGAGUCCCUGAGCACCCACACCAGCCCCAGCCAGUCACCCAACAGUGCCCAUGGCUCCCGCCGAGGCAGCAUCAGCAGCAUGAGCAGUGUCAGCUCGGUCCUGGAUGAGAAGGACGAUGACCGGAUCCGCUGCUGUACACACUGCAAGGACACGCUGCUCAAGAGAGAGCAGCAGAUUGAUGAGAAGGAGCACACACCCGACAUCGUGAAGCUCUACGAGAAAUUACGACUUUGCAUGGAGAAAGUUGACCAGAAAGCUCCAGAAUACAUCAGGAUGGCAGCAUCAUUAAAUGCUGGGGAGACAACCUACAGUCUGGAACAUGCCAGUGACCUUCGAGUGGAAGUGCAGAAAGUGUAUGAGCUGAUAGACGCUUUAAGUAAGAAGAUCUUAACCUUGGGCUUGAACCAGGACCCUCCACCACAUCCAAGCAAUUUGCGGCUGCAGAGAAUGAUCAGAUACUCAGCUACACUUUUUGUGCAGGAAAAGUUGCUUGGUUUGAUGUCACUGCCAACCAAAGAACAGUUUGAGGAACUGAAAAAGAAAAGGAAGGAGGAAAUGGAGAGGAAGAGGGCCAUGGAGAGACAAGCUGUCCUGGAGUCCCAGCGAAGGCUUGAGGAAAGGCAGAGUAGCCUGGCUUCUCGAGCAGCCAACGGGGAGGUGGCAUCUCUCCGCAGGGGCUCUGCCCCCUUGAGAAAGGCUGAGGGCUGGCUCCCGCUGUCAGGAGGUCAGGGGCAGAGUGAGGACUCAGACCCGCUCCUCCAGCAGAUCCACAACAUCACGUCAUUCAUCAGGCAGGCCAAGGCCGCGGGCCGCACGGAUGAAGUGCGCACCCUGCAGGAGAACCUGAGGCAGCUGCAGGACGAGUAUGACCAGCAGCAGACAGAGAAGGCCAUUGAGCUGUCCCGGAGGCAGGCUGAGGAGGAGGACCUGCAGCGGGAACAGCUGCAGAUGCUGCGUGAACGGGAGUUGGAACGAGAAAGGGAGCAGUUUCGGGUGGCAUCCCUGCACACACGGACUCGGUCCCUGGACUUCCGAGAAAUCGGCCCUUUUCAGCUGGAGCCCAGCAGAGAGCCUCGCACCCACCUUGCUUAUGCUUUGGAUCUAGGCUCUUCCCCAGUUCCAAGCAGCACAGCUCCCAAGACCCCUUCACCUAGCUCAACUCAACAGCCCACCAGAGUGUGGUCUGGGCCCCUAGCCCUUGGCCAGGAGCUCUUAACCCAGAGCAGCAUGCCACAGCAACAUGAGGGGCCCUCCUUAAACCCCUUUGAUGAGGAAGACCUCUCCAGCCCCAUGGAAGUGGGCAUUACUAGUCCUCCUGCUGCAGGGGUUUCCUUCGACCCUUCAGCCCGCAUGCUGAAAGAGUACAAUCCUUUCGAGGAAGAGGACGAGGAGGAGGAGGCAGUGGCAGGGAAUCCAUUCAUUCAGCCAGACAGCCUAGCUCCUAACCCCUUCAAUGAGGAAGACGAACAUCCCCAGCAGAGGCCCUCAAGCCCUCUGGUUCCUGGCAACCCCUUUGAGGAACCCACCUGUACCAACCCCUUUGAGAUGGACAGUGACAGUGGGCCGGAGGCUGAGGAGCCCAUAGAGGAAGAGCUCCUCCUGCAGCAGAUCGAUAACAUCAAGGCAUACAUCUUUGAUGCCAAGCAGUGUGGCCGCCUAGAUGAGGUAGAGGUGCUGACAGAGAACCUGCGGGAGCUGAAGCACACCCUGGCCAAGCAGAAGGGGGGCACUGACUGACCGGCAGUGGAGAGGGCACCUUUGGGCCCAGGGGUCUGGCAGGAGCCAGUGGAGCAGGACAGAGGGCAGGCAGGGUGGAUGAGGAAGGUGGCAGGGUGAGAAGUCAGAUGCACACAGGUGAGGGGCAGGAAUCUGCUGUUUUGUGUUGUGCACUUUGAGGUGUUUCCACUACAGUUGAAUAAUGGAAUAGAAACUAGAACAGGGAGAAUCAGCAUUCAUUUGCUAUUUUUCCUGUUUAUUAUUACUAUCUUUUGUAAUUGGAGGUUUACCCCUUUUGAAGGGACUUUACAUUUUUACUACCGAGAUAUAACUAAAUGCAGCUCUGUUGGGCCCAGGGCAGAAAUGGCUGCUGUGUACCUCUUGGGUCCAUUUGCUACUGCCUAGUCUUGGUUCCUUUUGCAGUAUUAUAGGGCAGUCUUUAUAGAGCCCUUCUUUAGCCAAGACAGAGAAGAUAGAUUCCACUGAGCUAUAUUCUGCUCUGACAGAAGUCCAUCCCUAGUAGGCUGUGAGUUCCAUUUCCCCUGGGGCCGCCUCUCCCCUGCUCUGCGCUUCCUGUCUGUACAAUAGCAGGGGGAAGUGCUGCUAUGAAGGGGAGAGUUUAGACCCGGGAGAGCCCAGCACCUCUUUUUAAGGUGGGGCGAUGGGAACAUUUCACCAGGGUCUAUUUUCUCAGUUUAAGUUGUUUUUUUGUCUCUUUCAGGAAGUUAAGCUGCCAGUGCAGGGUAUCAAUGUGAAUCUGGUCCUGAGCUUUUUAGAAAAUAAGAGUGGUUAACUUUUUGGUUGAUAUUAGUAUUACUUGUGAGAAGAGUUUUUCCACCCUUGUUCUGAUGGAACAAUUGUCUGUCACUGGAGAAAUCUCCCUCCAGAGCUUUGGCAAAGUUACUCUGAUCUGGGUCUGUUUAAAAGGCCUGGUCUCUAAUUUAGGAAUCGGUGAUCUGGAAGCUUUUGCAAAACAUCACCAGAAGAAGGGAAGCUUCCCAGAGUCAGAAGCUAAAUUAAAGUAAUUUCCAAGGCUAUUUGAUCAGCCUUCUUCCCUUUUGGUUCAUUGUGUUCUGACCUGGGGCACUGAUGAGAUUUUUUUUUUUUUGAGACACAGUUUCACUUUGUUGCCCAGGCUGGAGUGCAGUGGCAUGAUCUCAGCUCACUGCAACCUCCGCCUCCCCCGUUCAAGUGAUUCUUGUGUCUCAGCCACCUGAAUAGCUGGGAUUACAGGUGUGGACCACCAUGCCUGGCUAAUCUCUGUAUUUUUAGUAGAGGUGGGGUUUCACCAUUUUGACCAGGCUGGUUUCAAACUCCUGGCCUCAAGUGAUCUGCCACCUUGGCCUCCCAAAGUGCUGGGAAUACAGGCGUGAGCCACUUCGCCCGCCCUGAUGAGAUGUUUUAUUACCAGUGUUAGUAUUGAAGAAGCACAACCCAGGAUCGUGCUGGUAGCACCACAGUACUUAACUAUUAGUCAAUUAAGACCAGAAAGGGAAAUUGUUAAUUUAGCUCUGGUGCUUUGGUUUACAGGCACAUAACCCUUAACUGUCACUUUAUGCCCUUUAACUAGCUCUAAGCCAUACUUUCACUGGUUACUGGUGUGAGAGCUGAAAUUAAUUUUGUUACAUUCUGGUGAAGACCCCUCUUGAUAAUGGGAAUGUUUGAACUCUCUUGAUGAAAAAAUAAUCUGUAUUUCUGUUGAUGUUCACAUUUCUGUAGCACAUUUCUUAUCUUUUUGGUUGAAUGAAAAGGUCUUGUAUAGGGUGUGGAGACGGGGAGUGGGGACCCUUUGCAUUUGGGAUCUGUUCACAAACAGCCAUAUGAGUGGGUUAACGAAUGUCAGCCAGUUACCAGCCCUGCUGGUGGUUAUGGGUUGUUUUGAGAAGUUGGCAACCAGGCAUCUAAGAUGUUGCCUGGUACAGGCCUCUUUUCUUCCCUGAGGCCCAUGACAUUUCUCUGUUACUCCAGAGGGUUUCCCAGAUGGCCAGUAGGCUCCUCCCUGCUUAGGCUCUCAUUUCUCUGAAAAGAGGAUGAACUGAAAAGCAGGUAGUUUCAGUAGCUAAUUGCUGCUUUCCAUCAUAAUUAUUUUUCUUGUGAGAACAUUUCUCUUUUAAUUAGCUAGUGAUUUUGAUUAACACUAAUUCACUAAACAUACCCCUUCCCUCAAAUCACCUCAGGUAACAAUCUGUAAGUAACUAAAAGCAUUGAGAAACACACAAGAAACAUUUUUUAAACCUAUUUUUAAAGGCCCGGCUGGGCGCAGUGGCUCAUGCCUGUAAUUCCAGCACUUUGGGAAGCCGAGGCGGGUGGAUCACCUGAGGUCAGGAAUUUGAGACCAGCAUGGCCAACACGGUGAAAACUCGUCUCUACUAAAAAUACAAAAAUCAGCUAGGCGUGGUGGCAGACGCCUGUAAUCCCAGCUACUCAGGGAGGCUGAGGCACGAGAAUUGCUUGAACCUAGGAGGCGGAGGUUGCAGUGAGCCAAGAUUGCACCACUGCACUCCAGCCUGGGUGACAAGAGCAAGACUCCAUCUCACGAAAAACAAACAAAACUGACUCAUUGAAUAUACUAAACCAAACUAAAAUCAUGUUCUUUUGAUUAAGUUUAUCCAUAGCUGUAUUCUUCUAUGAAUUCUUCCAUUUAAUUCUUCCAUGAUUAUCUUCUCCUGUAAAUAUAUACAUCACAGGAGUUAGAAUUCUCUACCCAUCAGCUGUACCAUGUCGCAGAAUUCAUGCAGGCACAAAGUUGGAGUUACAGAGAUGGGUUGAUAGCAGGGAAAACUUGGCCUAUGUAUUAUAACCACAACUUCAAGUUCUUACCUCAUGUGAAUAUUCACCCUUCCUUUAGUCUUCCAAGGCAAAUAGCCCCAUCUCAUCACCAAAUGAGCAAGGUCUUGAUAAGGCAUAGCAGAUCUCCCUAAACACAGAUCAUGAGAAAAGAUGGAAGAGACUUAGGGAUUCAGGCAUCAGAUGAAGUUGGCUUUUCCCUUUUAUGCCUUGUUUGUAUUUCCCCCUGUCUAAUACACUAAGGAUACUUACUCAUUGUACUUGCAGCUCAAUAUGUCUUUGCUGUUCAGAUACUAAAAUGUAUCUCUGAGUCAUUGUGAGCUGUGCAGUAGGUUGGACAUCGUCAUAGUUGGUGAUGGGACUCAAAAUGAAAAGGUGGUCUCUUUACCAGGUCACAGACUGUAGCAGAUUGUGCUUGUUAUCUGACAAUGACUGUCACUUUGAGGGUUGUUGAUUUGCAUGCACUAUUCUGGGGCCUUGUACUGGAGCCUUUUUUAAAAAAAAAUAAAAAUCUGAGAUAGAGGUU